CAGAUAAUAACAAAUACUCGACAAAUGACGAAACGGUGCAACUUAUAGUUUAUCAGUGGCUACGUGCAGUAGCAAAAAAUCUUUUGUGCCAGAUCCUGUAUGCCAAUUCAGUUGAUCUUGCGAAUGAAUACGCCUACCUUUAUUAUGGUUAAACCAUUUCACUUAUUCGUAAAAUGACAAGUCGAUCAGCCUCAUACGAUUGCGACAUAGUAUAGGCUAGACUUGUUGUGGACCUAGGCAAAUAUUGUACUUGUUCAAGAUAAGCCACUUAAAGAGUUGAGCUUAGAACUGAAACUCAUGAUUUGUGUUGCCCUGUUAGUGGUUUGCGAGUAACUAAUCUACCAUAUGAUUGUUUGACUGUCUUCAGUUGGAAAUACUUUUAUUGUGGUCAUAUAAUCACUUAAAAAAAUGACUAGUAUUGCAUCUGAUGAGCAGCACAUUCUUAUAUUUAAAAUUGAAAGGAAAGUUUUUCCACAUCAAGGGCAGUUUGAUGAUGAUUUUCAGAAAAAUGAAACACCACCUGUUAAAAAUAGGGCUGACAGGCCUGAUGCAGGAAAGCUUCAGCAAUUCAAGGCUAGUUGUUCUGGUCACUGUACUGCAAUGUUAUCAAGAGAUUUUUGGCAUGGAUUAUUUCCAAUCAUAAAGUGGAUGUCCAAGUACUCGUGGAAAGAACAGUUUUUGGGAGAUUUCAUGGCAGGUUGCACAGUUGCAAUCAUGCACAUACCUCAAGGUAUGGGUUAUGCUCUCUUAGGUGGUGUGCCUCCCAUAAUUGGCUUAUACAUGGCUUUUUUCCCUGUCUUAAUUUAUGUGUGUCUUGGAACUUCUCAUCAUAUCUCAAUCGGUACCUUUGCUGUGACUACUCUGAUGACUGGUAAAAUUGUAGACCAGUAUAGUAAUCAUGAGAUAGCCAACUUUUCAAGUGGAUCUUUAUUGAAAACUGACAACAUUAGCAGUAAUCACUUUACUAGUCUGGAAGUGGCAACUGCAGUAUGUCUUAUGGUUGGACUCUGGCAAAUUCUAAUGGGGAUUCUCAGGUUAGGAGUUUUGGGAAUAAUCUUGUCCGACCACCUCGUUAGUGGAUUUACAACAGCUGCUGCAAUUCACGUUGUCGUCUCCCAGACUAAAAAUCUGUUGGGAUUAAAAAUAACUCGGUUCAAUGGACCAUUUAGGCUCAUUCGUUCGGUAGUCGCGAUAUUCAGUGCCCUUCCUACAGCCAAUCCCGCAGAAGCUCUUACCUCUUGCGUCGCGAUAACCGUAAUGGCCGUUCACAACGACUGGCUCAAACCCUGGUAUGGGAAGAAAAUCAAAUUCCCUCUUCCAACCGAACUUUUUAUCCUGGUAAUUGGAACGAUAGCUUCGUAUUUUGGUGAUUUGACCAGCAACUAUGAUAUCAAAACCCUAAAUCAUAUCCCAACUGGAUUCCCCGAACCACGGGUUCCACCGUACGAAUUAUUACCUCGGAUCAUGAUAGACACAAUCGCCGUCGCCAUCGUAGCCUAUGCUGUUAGUUUAUCUAUGGCAAAAAUUUUCGCCAGAAAACGAGGAUAUGAAAUCUCAAACAACCAAGAACUGCUGGCUCAAGGAGCCGCAAAUGUAUUUGGCUCAUUUUUCUCUUGUAUGCCCGUCUCAGCGUCUCUCUCGCGAAGUAUGUUACAAGAAUCUGUUGGAGGCGAAACGCAACUAGCGAGCGUCGUUUCCUGUUUUUUACUACUGAUCAUUCUGCUGUGGGUUGGUCCAUUGUUCGAAUCUCUGCCAUUAGCCGUCCUAUCCUCAGUAAUUGUCGUUGCUCUUAAAGGAAUGUUUGUACAAUUUCGCGAUUUCACUUCUACAUUGAAAUCCUCACCGUUGGACUCGGCUGUCUGGAUGGCUACAUUCUUAGCAGUCGUCAUUGUUGAUAUUGAUAUUGGUCUCGGCAUGGGAAUUGUAGCUUCAAUUUCUGUUUUAAUCUAUCGUGGACAUCGCCCGUAUGCUGCAACUCUCGGCCAUUUACACGGCACUGAAAUGCACGUCGACAUAAAAUAUUUUCCGUCCGCCGUAGAGGCUCCCGGGAUCAAGAUAUUCCGCUGGGCUGGUGCCAUUCAUUUUGCCAAUGCCGAGACUUUCCGACAUGUGGUUGAUAGUCAUUUGGGUCCUUACAAAUCUGCCGCAUUGUCAUCGAGAAUCGCCUCAACCGCAGAGAAAGAGUCAUUAAGUAUACAAGCAGCGCAUGUAAAAUACGGGACACUGGACCCCCUUGCCAGCACGUCGCUUAACAGCGGGGCAAUAUCGACACCGGCCGUCUCAAUCGUGACUAUCGAGCACUUGAUCCUCGACUGCUCUGCCUUGUCUUACGUCGACCUGAGCGGUACAAAAGUGUUGACGUCUCUGCACACCGACUUGCUAAACGAUAGAGGUAUCACCCUUAUUUUGGCCAACUGUUCUGAACCGUUGAUCAAACAACUUGAUCGCUGUAACUAUUUUCAAACGUUUCCUAAGGCACAGGUCUAUCCUUCUAUUAUAGAUGCAGUCAUGACAAUCGAGAGUUCAAAUCAAUUUGCAUUUAACAAUUCCCUUAAUUCUCCAAUAGUUCCCUAGUUAUUAGGUUACCUAUCUCAAACAUGGCCAUUUGGCUUUGUAGUAGGCUAAUAGAUUUCGGGAAUUUCACGUCCCUGCAAUAUGGGCCAUAGGUGUGAUCUAGUAUAAGUAUUAUCUUCUUUGUUUGUUGUCUUGUUCUCAUCGGUUGUGCCAUCUCUUAUUCACCAAAGAUUUAUCUUUCCAAGCCCUAGACACAAAUGCGAUAUUGAGAGUGCACAUGUAUUUUCUGUAAAGAAGUAUUUUAAAAAAGUCAGUUGGACGUGGAGAGAAUAGUUCACGAUACGCAUCUAGUAUCGUUUGCCGCUUAGUUUACCCGUAUAAAAAACUAUCUAUGUUGAUUUUUCGGAAAAGUUUGGAAAAAAAAAGUUCUUUCGCACUUGACAACCUUUUGGAAUCGAGGAAACUGUAAUCGUGAUGAACAACAAUAAAUAAAGAUAGGUUUCUGCCUC